UGCGUAGUUUCGUCAUUUUUGCAGCGUAAAAAUUAUUCCCACUUUUAGGUGUCAAGAAUGUCAAAGAGUAUUUUCCGAUAGUACAACUUUAAGAUCUCAUAUGAUUAGCGCGCAUGCACCUGAAGAAGAACUGAACUUUGCCUGCGACCAAUGCCCAAAAAAGUUCUCGCGUAAAUAUUUGCUAGAAUUGCACCGUCCUUCGCAUGUGCCCAAGAGCGAGCACGCAUUCGUUUGCGAUCAAUGUCCAAGUAGUCGUUUCGCUAGCAGCCGCUUGUUGAAAAUUCACAUUAGUAUGCAGCAUCGUCGGGCAAAGCGCGUUUGCCAUGUAUGUGCCAAAGAGAUACGCAGCAAAGCCGCAUUUGAAAAGCACCUACGCGUACAUAUCGGAGAUAGUGAACCCCGAAUAAAAUGUCCAAGGCCAGACUGCGAUCGCUGGCUUAAAGAUGCAGAGAAUUUACGGCAUCAUAUGAAACGGCACAGUGUCGAAGGGCAGGUACUCACAUGUAAGGAAUGUGGGCGCACUUAUAAGAACCGUCCAGCGCUUUAUAGUCACAUGUUCUAUGUGCACCCCAAAGAAGUAUUCGCAUGCAAACAAUGCAAUAAAACAUUUAAAAAGGCGAUUUCUUUGCGA